CGUGUCCAUCCUUUCUUUUUGUUGUUUGCUGUGAACGUGAGCGCGUGGCUCGGUGUGACUAAUUUUGUGUAAAAGUCGGGAGUCUCGAAUUUUCCUAGUUUUUCAAACCGAAAGAACAACUGUAAAUAUGAAGAUCUACAAGGAUAUCAUCACUGGUGACGAAAUGUUCGCCGAUACCUAUAAAAUGAAACUGGUAGAUGAAGUUAUUUACGAAGUUUACGGUAAACUAGUAACCCGUUCUCAUGGAGAAAUUAAUAUCGAAGGCUUCAACCCAUCGGCUGAGGAGGCCGAUGAGGGCACCGAUUCCGCCGUCGAGUCUGGCGUCGAUGUGGUCUUAAAUCAUCGCCUGCAGGAGUGCUUCGCAUUCGGUGACAAAAAGUCGUUCACACUCUACCUCAAAGACUACAUGAAGAAAGUGCUGGCCAAGUUAGAGGAAAACGCCCCUGACCAAGUUGAUGUUUUCAAGACCAACAUGAACAAGGUAAUGAAAGAAAUCCUUGGACGUUUCAAAGACUUGCAAUUCUACACCGGAGAAUCAAUGGACUGCGAUGGUAUGGUAGCCAUGUGUGAAUACCGUGAAAUCGACGGUGUAAGCACACCCGUGCUCAUGUUCUUCAAGCAUGGACUAGACGAAGAGAAGUGUUAAAAAACAAACACCAUAAGAAAGAUUCACACCACAUAUAUACACUAAUUAUUUUUUUGUUUAGUAAAUACCGAUUAGUUGCAAUUGUAAUGAUUCACUUGACAUAUUUGUUGUGAUCAGACAUGAAUUUAAGAUUGUAUCACUUGGAACUUGCUGCUAUAUAUUUCGUCAAACUUUGAAUAUUAUAAACUGUACAACCAUAGUGCUGAUCAUUAUAAAACUAAAAACAUUAUGUAUUUCAUUUUUAUACGAAAUGUUAAGGAAACACUUCUUCUCAUGUACGUUAAUAACAUAGCUUGUUCUAUUAAAGGCGGCUAUGACAGUCUAGUAAAUAUUGAUAAAUUCAAUUUGCAGCGUA